UUGAACAACAAAUUCAGCAAUCUAAUUCAAAUAUAUCUACCGGAAAAUUGCAAAGUCUGCUAGUUUGGGUUGACAACAUAAUUGAGUUCGGCCACACAAAGGCCGCUCGUAGUUGUGAUGUCUUGAUGCAAUACAUUAGGUGGGCUCAGAAGGCCAGAAGUGAUCACAUGGAACUUCUCAAAUCGGGUUAUUCCAGUCAAGAGGAGCAACUGCCAAAGUGGAUCAGGACUGUGUUGAAGCUGGGCCGCUAUGGAGUAGCAGCUCAAGCUCUGAUACAGUUAGCUUUGGAGUUUCCCGCAUUAUUCUGUCCUAUGCUUGUGAAGGCUGUAGAAGCACCAAGUCCAGUGAUUGUCCCUCGUGAAGGGGUUUCUCUCCAUGCUGCCGUUGAAAAUAUCAUGGGUGAAAGAUCACAGGAAUAUCAUAGUCGUUUGUUUAGCCUCGUGAGCCCUCGGAAGCAGAAGGAUGUGGAAAAAUGGUUUCGCAAUAGAUGCCCCGACAAUCUUCUUGUCCACGCAGAAAUGCAGCUUCUUAGCUAUUACGAUCAACGGCCUGAGGUCGAGCCCACUCUACGUUUCAUAGGAGUGGGCAAGAAGUCCUGUUAUCUGUGUAAAACAUUCCUUUCAUUUCCUCAUCCUUCCUUCAAAGUCACCGCCUGCCAUUGGAAAGUCUACACACGCUGGAUUACUCCGCCAGCAGCUAAUGAGCGUGUUUUUUCGUUCUAUCGUGGAUACACGGCGGAGUUGACGCAGAUGUUAGAGGCGGAGGUCCGACGCGACCUUCAGGGCCGUCCCUUAAGCCGGCCUAAGCAGUGUCAAUAUCCGGCAGACUCCUCGGCAGGAGUAUCAAUGACCGGCCUUUCAGGAUUAGAAAUUCAAAGUGCUACCUCUAGAGCUUCACCUAGCAUAAGGAUCGAGUUGAUGAAACAUUUUCUCGAGGAAGGUGAAGCUUCAGGAACUAGAGAAAGCAAGGGCAAAGCACGAAUAACCGACCUUCACAGCACGUUGACAGCUCCCAGCAUUGUGUCAUUAGAAAGGAUUUCCGACCCAGCUGACAAAGGUGUUACAUCUUCCGCCAUCGGCCAUUCAUCUUGGCAUGACAAAUCUUCGCCAUUGGCCAUAGUGCUCCAUUUCACAAGGCCUGGUGAUGCAAAGAACCGGGAGUUAGUCUGUCUGGCCGACAUAUUUGAUUCAUCUACCGGGUACCUAUCCUAUGACAAGCUCAUUAAAAUCCUAGCAAAUUAUACGGGAUUCGGCCUCGCAUUCAACAAAGAGAAAGAGUUUCUUGUGUUUAAUGGUCAGCUUGUGGUUGAAAAUGAGCGGCAGUUUAUUGCUUGCGUACAGCAUCUCUAUAAUGCCGACCAUUUGAAUGCUGAAGUUGUGGUGUGCAGCCGAGAAGAUUGUCGUUUUAUUACAGAUAUGAGAGAUGUUGAAACACAGACAGAGGAGCAGACGAAGAGCGGAUCACAUAAAAAAUGCGAGGUUGGCUUUUGCAGAAGCGCAAGUGGUGAUCCUGCCCGACCGAUCUUACUGGCGCGCGGUGCAGGAACGCUGGGUCGCUGGCCAGGCGCUAGUGGCGGCACGGGUAUGCCCAGUUUCCCCUUCCUCCAUGUGCAGCAGAUGAUCGAUCCUCGUUUCGCAUCCUGGUCAAUCA